AUGGAAUUGUCUAUAAAAUUAGAAAAAUUAAGACAACUUGAACUUCACUUACUACUUCUUGUGAUGGCUUUUGGCACUGCCCAUGGUGGUAAUGUCACUUACGAUAGAAGAUCCUUGAUCAUUGAUGACCAACAUAGAAUCCUCUUCUCUGGUUCAAUCCAUUAUCCUCGUAGUACUCCUGAGAUGUGGCCUUCUUUAAUUGCGAAAGCUAAGGAAGGAGGAUUAGAUGUAAUACAAACCUACGUGUUUUGGAACCUACACGAACCGCUACAAGGCCAGUAUGAUUUCAGGGGACGGCGUGACUUAGUGAGAUUCAUUAAGGAAAUCCAAGCACAGGGUUUAUAUGUGACCCUCAGAAUUGGACCAUUCAUUGAGAGUGAAUGGACUUACGGGGGUCUGCCACUUUGGUUGCAUGAUAUUCCCGGCAUUAUUUUUAGAUCAGACAAUGAGCCAUUCAAGCUUCAAAUGCAAAACUUCACUGCCAAAAUGGUAAACAUGAUGAAAUUAGCCAAUCUUUAUGCUUCACAAGGAGGGCCCAUCAUACUAUCACAGAUUGAGAACGAGUAUGGUACUGUUGAAAGGGCGUUUCAUGAGAGUGGAGUCAGUUAUAUUCAUUGGGCUGCACAAAUGGCCGUGGGACUCCAAACUGGGGUGCCUUGGAUCAUGUGCAAGCAAGAUGAUGCUCCUGAUCCUGUGAUCAACACAUGCAAUGGUCUGAGAUGCGGGAAAACAUUUGCAAGGCCUAACUCACUUAACAAGCCAUCACUAUGGACAGAGAAUUGGACAUCUCGAUAUCCAGCCUUUGGUGAAGAGACACGCUUGAGAUCAGCGGAAGACAUUGCAUAUAAUGUUGCCUUGUUCAUUGCAAAAAACGGAAGCUAUGUCAACUACUACAUGUACCAUGGAGGAACCAACUUUGACAGAACAGCUUCUGCUUUUGUAACAACAGCAUAUUAUGAUGAUGCCCCAUUAGAUGAAUAUGGUUUGGUUAGGCAACCAAAAUGGGGGCAUCUAAGGGAACUACAUGCUGCAAUUAAGGCAUGUUCGGAGACUUUACUGUAUGGUACACAAACUCCAUUCAACUUGGGUAGACAACAAGCUUAUGUUUUCAAAAGGAAUGCAACAGAAUGUGCAGCCUUGUUGGAAAAUAGUGCUAAUAGAGAAGCCACAGUCCAAUUUCAAAAUGUUACAUAUCAGUUACCCCCUCAAUCAUUCAGUAUCCUACCUGACUGCAAAAAUGUGGCCUUCAACACAGCCAAGGUAAGCGUACCACAUAAUACCAGAACAAUGAUGUCACAGUCAAAGUUCAGUUCAUCUGAAAAGUGGAAAGUGUACAAUGAAGCCAUCCCCAACUAUGAUGAUACUUCAUUAAGAGAAAACAAGAUAUUGGAUCAAAUCAGCUCCGCGAAAGAUACUUCUGACUAUCUAUGGUAUACUUACAGAAUAGAUACUAACUCUCUUAAUGCUCAGUCAGUUCUUAGUGUAUUCAGCAGAGGACAUGUUCUGCAUGCAUUUGUCAACGAAGUAUUAGUAGGUUCAGCACAUGGCAGUCACAAAAAUUCAAAUUUCAACAUGGAGAUCAAGAUCAAUUUGAGAGAAGGGGAGAACAAUAUUUCCUUACUCAGUGCAACAGUUGGAUUGCCGGAUUCGGGAGCACAUCUAGAGCGCAGAGCAGCUGGUUUGUAUAAGGUCACAAUUGAUGGCAGAGAUCUCACUCAUCAAUCAUGGGGAUAUCAGGUUGGAUUGCUAGGAGAAAAAUUGCAAAUAUAUACAGCUAUUGGAUCAAGUAAAGUUCAGUGGAAAAGUCUUGGAAACUCUACUAAUCCACUCACAUGGUAUCAGACAACAUUCGAUGCACCAGCAGGAAACGAUCCUGUAGCACUUGACCUUAGUUCAAUGGGAAAGGGUCAAGCUUGGGUUAAUGGCCAAAACAUUGGCCGUUAUUGGGUAUCUUUCCACACACCAAAGGGGAAUCCAACACAGCAAUGGUACCACAUACCUCGAUCUUUCUUGAAAUCCAAUGGGAACAUUCUAGUUCUAUUUGAAGAAGAAACUGGAAACCGACUAAGAAUAACUCUGGACACAAUUUACUCUACAGUGAACUCAAUAGUCAAGAAGAACACUUAA